UCCACUGUGUCAUUACGAUGUUGUUACCGACCGAAAGAGCAAUGGCGGUUAUGUCAAACAGCAAGCUCAAACAAUGCAUUGCAGGCUUCUGUAAAACAAACCCAACACGGUACCAUCGUUGCAUCUUCCAUUCUCAUCCCUCACCAGAUAAUUAAUGUUUUUAACAUUACAUUUUCUUCUUCUUUAAAUAUUCAUCAUUCUUACCACCCUAUAAUUGUAUUAAUUAAAUAAACCUUUCUCUUCUACGUCGAAUAGAUUCAUUAUUCUCCUUCGUUCUCAUAAUAUUUUCCCUCUAAUCAAUCACUGCAUACCCUAUCAUGGGUUGUGGCAUGUCAACGAAAGAUCCUGAACAACAAGGCUUUAAUCGAUGCGAAAAUAGUGACGAGGGUGAAUCGUUGCAUGAGAAUAAUAAAAGUAUUUGCAAGAAGAAGAAGAAGAAUAAAGGUGUUGCCAAGGGAAUGAAGCCAUUGGGUGUUGAAGAAACGAAGGAUAAGGAGGGGUCAAAUGGAGAAAGGUUGAAAGAGAAAAGUGGGGUAGGGACGAAUGACUUUAAAGUUGAAGUGAAAUCAAAGAAAGUUGCAGAAGCUGAGAAUAAGUUUAGGCAUGAUGACUUCAUUGCCCAUGGAUCACCAAGUUUUAGGGAAUAUUGCAAUGAUUAUGAUUGUGGGGAUCGAAGUUUCACGGAAUAUUCCAAUGAUAGUGAUUCUUCUGGAAGCAUCAAGAAUGGCAGCGGAGCUUUAUUGAACAAGAACAAUGAGCAAAUGAAUGAGGAAAGUGUAGAUUCUAACAAGGAACCUUCGAAGAAACAGAGAAAAGGACGGGGAAUUAGGAAUGCUAUUAGUAAGCGAAAGACACGAGGGAGGAGAAAUCUUCUGAACUUCGGUUGCCAUAGUGGUAACACUCAAGCCCAAGUUCAAGGUUCUUCGGAUAAAAAUGUUGCAAAAACUGCAUAAUUAAGGGCAUGCCACAAACAAAUACAUUCUCCGAUUUGAAUUGGCCAAUGAUUAGUCAUAGAAGAAGAAAACUUCUGAUGAUUUACAUGUAAAAGAUCUAAAACAGUUUUAAUACACUGGGUGCAAAUC